AUGAGCGCAGCCCCAGACGACAAGAAGGCGAAGGCGAUGAGCGGGACGUCCGUAGUGAAACUGAUGCCCCACGAGUACCUCCACGUGGAGGACACGAACACGUGUGAGGUGCUCACCCUUGUCGGCCCCAUCACCUACACCCUGUACGACCAUCACCGAAAGUUGCACAAGACACCGCAGCCAUGCGUUGUUGUGCCGCCCAGACACUUCGUCAAAGUGAAAAAUCCGAUGCACGCGGUGCUAGCCUCGUUCACAGACAAUGCCGAUGCACCGCCAGCGCACACGUUACUACGCAGCUCGCCUGGGUCCAUCACGGGCCUGGCGACGUUGCGGUACAGCCGCUGGAAGAUGCCGUACGGCAGCAGUGAACUCCGCUUUUCCAACGAGUCGCCAUUCCCGCUCCUGCCAGACGAGACUAUCGACGAGCCCUCGGUAAUGCCGCUGCUGACGGCGUCAGAAGCGCUCACUCUAGAGGCGCUCGCACCGCAUGACGUCACGGAUCCUGUCACCGGUACGACAGUGCGCCGUGCCGCGCAGGAGUGCUUUCUUUUCAAAGGACCCGGCCUCUACACCCCAAGACUUGACGAGCGCAUUGUGAGCAAGGUGACCGGUGUGCGCGUCUCCCCGCUGCAGGUGUGCUACGUGUCGGCCAAGUACGACUUCGUGGAUGAUGACGGGGUGCCCCGCGUGGCCGGAGAGCAGUGGGUUGUACAGGCGCACGGCAUCUUCUUCGCCCACCCCGCUGUGACGCUGGAGAUACGCGACGCGUACGUGCUGGCCAGCACCGAGGCGCUGACGUUCAUCUCCUACAAAGCCUUCUACGAUGAGAAGCUGCAGGUUGCCCGUGAGGCGCAGAAACCGUACCUCAUCUCGUACGCGGACACCAAGGAUGGGAUGUACCUCCCACGGCCGCAUGAAACGUUUCAGGGCCGGCGGAAACAAGUGCACCUCAGUGCCACGCAGUACUGCGUCGUGAUCAACCCCGUCGGCGCCGAUGGAACGGCGAGGCUGCAGCAGGCCGAGGUUCGUGUGGGGAAGCAGAGCUUCAUGUUGCAGCCCGGCGAGUUCUGCACGCAACCUCUCACAGCGCUGGUGCUGAGGGAGGACGAGGCGCUGCUUCAUAUCGCGUUGCAGACGUACACGGAAGCGGAUGGAACGGUGCGAGAGGGCGGGUCGCGUUGGCUCGUCUACGGGCCGCGGCAAUACAUUCCUCCGGUGUACGCGCGGGUGGUGGAGCGGCGGCACAUCAUCAUGACCAACGAGAACUGCGGCGUAUACGUGCGCAACAUCCACACAGGCCAGGUGCGCUCCGUAUUUGACGCCCAGCACCGCGACGUCUUUGUCCAGGCCUCCAGUUUGAAGAGCGGAAUAGCAAUGAGGCACACGCCAAACAGGCCGCCCCUCGAGCUGUCCUGCCGAGGCCCGUUUCAUCUGCAAUGA